AUGGACUUGCUAGGUGAUAUCGUCGAAAAGGAUCCUUAUGAUGAUAAUAGCAGGCUAGAGAACCCGAUUGUUCACAAGACAAAGAAUGGGUUUCCUGAAUUGUACAAACCGAAAAAGAUCUCUUCGUGGAAACAGAGAUUGCAACAGAAGAAGCAGAAGAACAAGACAACGGACGUGGCGAGUGCUGCUGUUCCUGUGAAGAAGUCACUCACUGAAGCCGAAUCGAUUCAUGUGGACAAUAUUAAGAAAUUGAACGAUAUGACCGACGAAGAAAUCAUGAAGGAGAAAACGGAUUUGUUGAACUCACUGGACCCAAAAUUGAUCCGAAACUUAUUGAAAAACAUUAAUAAAAGACAGGAUAAUGAAACUCCUUUGUUUGCAGAGAUGGAAGGUGCCUCGGGGACUUGGGUAGGUGGGUUUAAUGAAAAUUUGAAAAACUUACCAAGUCUAUCUAAUAAACAAGUUAAUGAUUCCCUGGAUAUCGUGACGCAAUCAAAAGUACAAGCAAGUCCCGUAGUUUCUCCAGUGAUACAGACUAUUGCCAACGAAUACGACGACGACGACGACGACGACGACGAUGUGGAAUACCCACCAUUGGAUGAAGACGACGUGGCUCCAUUGGAUUAUCAAAUGGCUCAAUCGAUAGACCAUACUGCAAAUGAAGAUUUAUUGAAGGACGUCCAUUUUAUAUCACCACACCACCAUGACGACGACGACGACGAUAACGAUACCCCCUUGGAUAUCAACGAUCCAAACUUCGACGAAAAAUUACACGAUAGAUAUUUUCCUCAUUUACCCAAAGACAUAGAUAAAUUGAAAUGGAUGAAAUCAACUCCAGAAGAUGAGACCGCAAAGGAUAAUGCUGUCAUUGAAAGUGUAUCCGAUUGUAGAUUCGACUUCAAUGGGAACUUGGUCCCGCCUACUCGUGAGAUCACAUCCACCACCACAUCUGCAUUGCAUCACCAUUCCCAGGACCCUCAACUGGCAGGAUACACCGUCUUAGAACUGGACCAUUUGUCAAGGUCGACAUACCCAUCUCAACGAUGUAUUGCCAUCCAAACGUUGGGCCGUAUCCUUUAUAAAUUGGGUAAACAAUCCUAUUACCAAUUGAUUCCCGAAAUCGAUGCAGCAACGUAUCAAGAAGAUGGGAAUAUUGAAAACGUUAUGAAUAAGAUAUACGCAAUGUUUUGGGAGAUGUUAAAGGAAUUGCAAACUAUCGAAUGGCUAGAAUUCACCUCAAUAGAGAAAAAUACCCCAAAUUUAUCUGUAAGAAAUUACGCAAUCGAUGCAUUAUGGUUAUGGAAACAAGGUGGCGGAGAUUUUAGGAACAAGAAAUAA